AUGUUGUUGUUUAGUACUACUACCAUCAAUGCAACAUCUUCAGAUAACAACUUGGCUCCUACAUACAAAUUGGAAACCAUCGCUGGAGGUAAUCUUGGUGAUGGCUAUAAUGGACUUGAUACACCAAUCGGUCAUCCACACGCUAUUGCAUUCUAUCCUAGAACAAUUCCUACACCUCUUGUAAAUUUGGUAGAAGAUGAAAGACCUCAAGAUUUGAUCAUUAUUGACAGAGCAAAUAAUUUAAUCAGAAAAUUAACUUAUAAUUGGACUGGUGUUAUUGUUGAUCCUGAACAAGAAGUUUUCGAUAACAUUCCUACUGUUGUAUCAACCAUUGCUGGUGUUGCAGCAUCAGGUUCAUCAUCUAAUGAAAACACUGAUGGCCUUCCAGCUAAUACUGUCAAGUUGACCAAUCCAAACACAGUCACAGUUUCGUUAAUGACUGGUGAUAUUUACUUUGUUGAAAACAAUCCAACUUGGUCUAUCAAAAAGAUUGAUAUUAAUGCACUCUUGAUUCAAACACAAUGGUUGGAUUCAAAUAAUUGUGUCUUUUCAAUGAGUUUAUUGAAAAGAGCCUCAUCACAACAUCCAAACAUUUUCCAACAAUUUAAAAUCAGAGAGAAAAUGAAACAAAUUGAAUCAUUCAAUUUAAAAUCCAAAUCAACAAGCAAUUCAUUUGAAUUAACCUCUCAAUUAGAUAUUCUAGAAAAGAAUCAAAAUAACUUGUUGGUUCUUCACAGAAACUUUUGGAAAGAAAUGGCCUCUGAGAGAAUUAAUUAUUCAUCUGUUGAAAAGAUUAAUCGUUCCAUUUAUGCUUUGACCACUCAAUGCAGAAAUACGUUGCAAAAUUUAAUUUUCAACAAUAAGAAUAACAAGACACUUCUCAGAUUAUAUGGAAAUUUUUUGGAAAAUUUUGAAUUCAAUUCAGAAUUAGCACAAUACUAUUACAAUGAAGCUUCCUCCAUUGAAGAAGAGGAAAUGAAAAAGAAGAGAAGAGCUUCUGUGUUUAGUAAUGCUACUAGUAAUAAGAGAGGAACUAACCGUGUAAUGCCUCUCCACGAAACCAAGGCCAACUUUGAACCAUACUUAUUCCCAGUAGAAGAACAACCAAAUGAAGAUGAUAUGGAAAGUGCAUUUGAAAAUCCCAAGAUGAGGAAAGAGCAAAUUUUCAAGAAUGCAAUUUCAUCACAAAGGUCAAAUUCUACAACAGUUAUAAUUAGUUUACUCUACAUAUUUGUUUGCUUGUGCCUUGUUGUUUCUUCCAUAGCACUGAGUUCAUACUACUCUGAUGCAGUAAUUUCAGGAGUGCCUUUCCUUCAACAAGUUUGUCAACCAAGUAUUUCUCCUUAUUCUGCUCUAAGAAAUGUUAGAGCCACUCAAAAUUUUGUAAAUACCUUCAUGUUAUUUGAGUAUCCAUGGCCUAUUAGUUAUCAGGGAAAUAUUAUUUCUACAAAACCUAAUUACUUUGCCAACUCUUUGAAAAGACUUAAAGAAGAGCUAGAGGUUUAUAAGACUUUGAUCAAAUUAGGUCAGAGUAAUUCAUUUGAUGAGACUGUAUAUUCAGAUUAUUCUAUUAAUAAUUUUACCAUCAAUUAUCCAAAUGAAAAUUCGAAAGAUGUCACGAUAUACGAUUUGGGAAGUUCAUCUCAAAAGAAUGUUUCAAUUCUUGAAUUUACAAACAAUAUGAUCAAAUAUACUCAGAAUGUAAUCAAUGAAUUUCCUUGGGAUUUACUACAAAAUAUUUCCAAUAACAACAAUGAUGCAUUUACUCAAUCAGCGUUGUUGGAUUUAGUUGCUAGCGACAAGUACUUCAAUCCAUUGAAGAAUUACAAUUUCAUGUUCCUGUUUGCGAAUAGAGAAACUGCUUCACUGGCUUUUGAUACUUUUUGUGCCCGUUAUCUUGAUAGAUCUAUUGAUUCAAUUGAAUUGUCAACUCAAAAUUUGGUGUAUUAUACAGGUGCAGUUCUAGUUGCAUUCUUUUUGAUCAGUAUUGCUUAUUUGAGUUAUAUGAUAUUUGAAAUGAGUCAUAUGACAAAAAUUGUGAAAAUAUAUGAAAAACAUUUGAGCAAAGAUGUGAUUGGAAAAAUAUUUCACUCUCUCAACAACAAAACAACUGAUACAGCCAAUAAUGCUGACAAUACUUUCUCACUUGCCAAAAUGAAAUCAAACAUUUCAACAAUUAUUUUGAUUUCUCUGAUUACCUUAUUUACAUGUGCAAGUAUUGCCAUGUUCUAUUAUGAAAGUAAUGCCAACGCUUUCAGCAGUUCUAAGGUUAUGAAGAAUGUAAGAUUGAGUAUUCAAGCUGCCACAAUUAUUCAAAGAAUUGGAUUUAACAGUGGAGAAGUAAUGACCUACUUUGUUGCAAGUGAAAUUUCUAACAAAAUUUCUCCAUUGGCAGUGAAUUUCAAAAGAAAUGUUACAUAUGGUGAUCCAAGAUUAUUCAAUACUGUUACAAAUUUCAAUGUACUCUUUGACAGAGUGACAACAAGACUUCCAACUCUUAGUAGUAUGUGGUCAAGACUAAUUUAUGGUGAUCCAAACACUGGAGAUGACCAGAUAUUGGGAAGAUAUUCUGAUGUUGACUCUCUUGUUACUCAAGGUGUAUCAUCUAAUUGCUCUGACUACCUUCAAAAGAAUAAUAUUACAUUAACAAUGGAAUCAUAUAUGAUGUAUUGUGUUGGUUUGGAAACACUUUUAAAUGAUUAUUUGACAUUGAUUCCUCAAUUAUUGACCGAAUCUAGAAAGCAAAACACUCUUCAAAAGGCAGCAACUCCAAAAGGUAUUCUUCUUGCACCAACAGAUGUUGCUCUAUCACAUAACCAAGCGUUGAGAAUGAGUGUAGCUCUUACCAACAAGUUCGUUACAUUUAUGAAGGUAUUUGUGAGCUCAUCAUCAAAUCCUUCGUUUGGUGUUACCAUUGUUUUUGCUUGUUUAGAAUUUUUGGCAUGUUUGGUUAUAUUUAGUCUGCUUUACACUAUCUAUAUGAACUAUUGUGGUCAAUUACAUUCACUUCGAUUAAUGUCACAAUAUAUUCCAGUUGAAGUUUUAGAGAGGAAUGAAACAUUGAGAAACUUUAUCCUCUAUAAUAAUACCAAUUCAUUGAGUACAAGAAUGAAAAAGAAGGACAAGUCAUCAUCAUCUUCAACUUCAUCCAUUUCUGAUUUGAAGAAUGUUUUCAAUUCAAGUGUUGAAGGAAGUAUCAUUUGUAAUGAGAAUCAUGAAAUUGAAUUUUUGAAUUAUUCUGCAUUGAAAAUGUUUGGAAUGAAACCAAUUGAUGUUUUGGGAACUUCAAUUUCACAAUUAGUUGAAUCCACUCAACAGGAUGAACUCAACAAGUGUAUCAAGUAUAUUUUCAAAAAGAGUGGAAAAGAUUCUGAUAAGAAGGAUGAAGAUCAAGAUGAUGAAGAUGUUCAAUUGAAACAAGUGAAGAGGGAGAGUGAAGAAGGAAAUGGAAAAUGUGAAAUUGUUGAAUUGGAUUGUAUCAGAAGAAAUCAAACCAAAUUCCCUUGCAAAAUAACACUCUUCACUGUCAAAAUUCAAGGUGAAAGAGGUUCAAUGAGAAAUAUUCUGAUUGUCACAAUGAAAGAUUUAACUUCUGAAAAGAAACAAAAUGCCUUAUUGAGUGAAGAGAAACAAAAAUCGGAUAAUCUCUUGAAGAACAUUUUACCAACAAGUGUUGCUUCAAGAUUGAAAAGUGGACAUACAUUCAUUGCUGAAAAAUUGGAUGAUAUCACUUGUUUCUUUUCAGAUAUGGUUGGAUUUACAGCCAUAAGUAGUAAUAUGCAAGCCACUGAUUUAGUCAUGAUGUUGAACUCAAUUGUGAAUGGAUUUGACAUGUUGACUGAAAAAUAUGAUUUGGAAAAGAUCAAAACAAUUGGAGAUGCCUAUUUUGCAGUGGGUGGAUUACCUGGAGCUGCAACAAGUGAUCAUCCUGAAAGAGUUUUAAAAUUUGCAAUUGAAACAUUUGGAGUGAUAAAUGAUUUCAAUUCAAAUCGACUCAAAUCUGUUGAUAAUAAUGAACAAGAGGAGGUUGUUAAGGAAACAGAUAAUGAAUUAAAGGUGAAAUCAUCCUCUCCACCACCUCAACAAAUCAAUAUUCGAGUUGGAAUUAAUACAGGAUCAGUUGUUGCUGGAGUGAUUGGAAUGAAAAAGUUUGCCUACGAUUUAUGGGGUGAUACCAUCAAUAUUGCUUCUCGAAUGGAAUCCACUUCAAAGAAUGGACGAAUUCAAAUCUCCAGAUCAACUUAUGAAAGAGUUUUCGAUUUGGGAUAUGAUUUUGAAGAGAGAGAAGUUGAUGUGAAAGGAAAAGGAAUUGUCAAGACCUAUUUGCUCAAUGACAAACAUCACAGACACUUGAAAAACAAUCCACUCCUCUACUCAAACAAUAGAAGCAUGCCAAUACUUUUCUCCAACUAAACCAUGUUGAAAGAUUAAAAUAAUAUUUAUAUAUUCC